AACAAACGGAUGCCUUGCCGUGGACUGGUGUGUCCCGUACAGCCUGUACCGUACCAAGACAGGCUCCGUACCACCGCGACCCUGCACUGGCGCUUAUUCACAGAGAGCGCGAGACUUCAUUUCAUGGCCCGUUAGUCUUCAUCUCGCCUAAGUUUCAUCUACACUUUAAUAUUAUGAGUGUGUUAGCACGUCUUUUUUUGCUGCCAGUCGACGGGAGACGGGCUCUUUACAACCGUGCCGAGCGAGUCCGUGUGCGCGCGAGUGUGAGAGAGAGAAAGAGACAUGCGCACAGCCGGGAGGCACGGUGACGAACGCCAGGAGGAAACGCUCAAUCACGAACUUUUGUGGGACUGUCUGAACUUUCAGCAUUUCUCCAGGAACCACAAGAUGGGAAGAUCCGCGGAGAGACGUUUCAGUGAAAAAGGGCGACGUGCGGUCAUGUAAACACACACGUCUCAGUUACGCGGUCUGUCUGUCUCUGUGUGUGAGAGAGAGAGAGAGAGAGAAGUUAGCGGCUGCAGUGCCGAGUGCGGCGCAGUUCCGCGCGAUCAUCGUGUCAGAGCAGAAGUGACCGCGUAAAAAUUUUAACAUGGAUUUCUUUUUGUUACACUUUGGACGAUAGGCCGUGUCGUGUGUUUGUGUCUGUGUGUUUUAUGCGUUCGCUCGCGUCGCGAACAAUGACUCGUCGCCUCACGUCAGGAGCCGCGUCGCCGGAGCGCGCGCUCGCAGGAAUGGCAGCAAGAGCAAGCGAGCCCUCCUCCACCACUCACCCUUGUCCUCCUACCGCUGGCGAUUCUGUUUCUCUUCUGGAGAUCAUGGAGGACACCAGACUGGUGCUGGGAGCAUUCCUUCGGCAAUCUCUCACUGUGGCCCCAUCCCAGCGCCCCGGGAGGGUCGGGGGAGCAUACAGAGAUGCUAACAAGUUCAGUGCUCGGAAGACAGAGGGCCGAAGGUGGACGGAGGAUGGCUGGGACUCCCUCGAUGAGCAGAUCAGCGUUGCAGAGGGGAAGAAGCAUGGCUUCAAAGACAUGAUAAAGAAGCGAUUGCGGCGCAGGAGUCGCUCCGCCGCAUCUCAGCACCCAAAGAAAGAGUCUUCCAAGGCAGAGAGUUGUGUCACUCCAGAGCCGAAAGACAUUCAGAUGGGUUUGUUGAAGCUGAAGAUCUCUGCUGGAAGCAACAACAACAGCUUAGCCCUUAAACAGGACAAGCAAGAAUCGGACGCCGCAUCUGUAUCCUCGACCUCCUCUGCAGAGGGUGGCGAGAAGAAGGAGAAAAAGAAGAAAAAUAAGCUGAGGAGCUUGUCGUCACUGCUGCGCAGAGUCAAGUCGUCUAGGAAGGAGAGCAUCGCUGAGGAGCAUCAGCAGCCCAAGCGCCCUGAUUCACUGCCGCUUGGCCAGGAGGCGGAGCCACAGAGUGCAGUUGUGUCCCCCUCUUACCCUCCUCAGUUCUAUGAUGAGGUGGCAGGAACGCUUGACAGAAUUGCACAGAAACGUACCGCGGCGAGACCCGUGAAGCCCACCCUGGACAGCCAACCCGCCGCCAUGACAGCAAAUGACAACAAGGAUGCUGUUGUGAGACAACUCGUCCAGAUUUUGUCAAUGCAGGGGGAUGCCAUUGACAAAAAGAUCCAGUCGGAUCCUUUCUUGAGGUCAACCUUGGCCCGCCUCUCGUACCCUUCUUUCGCAAAGCUGCUCGACAUGUUCGCCUGCGAGGACGACGCUCCAUCCCCCAUCGCUGAGAACCCCACGCUGUCCCGCGUAGCUGUGACUAUGGAAGUGUCGAGACGUGUCAUCACGGCAACCGGGACGCAGAGGAUGUGGGGCUACGCGGAGCGGUACAUGCAGAACUUUGCCCCCUGGGUGCAGAGUCAGGGUGGAUGGGACAAGGUGGUGCAGCUGGAGGACGUCUCGGAAUACGACUGACACUUGGAAGGGCACUUUGAGAGCAAAUCACUACCUCCAGAAUGAUGACCCUCUGGCGUGAGAAGCUUUCAGGGGAAAGUCAAACUUGAUAAUCUCUUCCUCUUUUGCGUCGUCCCAUGGGGAACUAUGGGGGCGACCACAUUUUGGCGACACUGAAAUGUUUGUUUUCAUGUAAAUGGAGCCCUAAAAUGUAUGAU